GAUCUUCCCGCUCAUCCCAAACAAGCUGACGAGAUGGCCCAAGGAGCCGUGAGAGUUCGUUUCGUUGGCGACGAUGAUGUUAUCGAACACAUAUAUAACCUCUCAGAUGCGAGCAAGAAAAAGAAAAAAGUUGCAGCGAAGGAGGCAGAGCCAACUUUGACCGCUGAAUCGCCCCUGGUUGCUGGUGUGGAACAGGAAGAGGCGCCGAUUCCUGUUGGUCUCCAUGCCACCAGUGACACACUAACGGGACGCCAAGUGUUCAAUCUCACUUGCACACCGAAAGCAAAACAUGUUGUUAAAGCUGCUUCAAGUACUCCAAGCAGGGAGCAAAGGAAAGGCUCUUGCAGCACACCUGUCACCCCGAAAUCACCUUACUCGCUAAGGAAAAAGAUCAAGCAGAAAUUGUCAAAGAUGAAGAACGAAGCAGAGGCAUCUUCUGGUGACUCGGACAGUGAACAAUCGUCUGGAGAUGACAAGGACGAAGAAAGUGAUCAGACUGGCCUAGGCAAGUACAGUAGUUACUUUAUCAGCACCUCAAGGUCAAAGACUUCCAACCACACACUGACCAAGCUUGGCAGGCCGGUAAUGGCACCAGAUGAGAUUAACAGCUUGUUGGGAAAAGUGACUGACCCCCAUGUUAAGCACCGAGCAAAGCUACUCUCAAACUACAAUUCCUUCUUUGCACACUGGCUGGCACUCCUAAGGGAAGGCUUCACAAUCCUUCUUCACGGGCCUGGCUCGAAACUUAAACUUCUUCGAAAUUUCAAGGAAGCUGUGCUGGCUGACUAUGCUAGUGUUACUGUCAAUGGAUUCAACCCUUCAUUAUCCUACACAGAGAUUCUUCACAGCAUCCUGCAGUGUAUCCCGAGUGGCAAUGCUGCGUCAUUUCUUGGGUCGGCUCCGGUGAAUCACAUUGUCGAACAUUUCUCAAAAAAUGAUGCUGAAGACAUUUUCAUUUUGAUCAACAACAUUGAUGGCAUGGGUCUGAGGAGCGCCAAAGUCCAAGAAAUACUCUCCACACUUUCAACUGCUUGUCACAUUCACAUAAUUGCUUCGGUGGACCACAUCAACGCUGCUUUAUUGUGGAAUCAAGAGACAUCACGGCGGUUCCGAUUUGUGUGGAUCAAUGCAACGACAUUCGAGCCUUAUGCUCUGGAAUCCAGCCUGGAGCCCCUCAAGAGCUCUGCCUCCAACGCACUCAGUUCACUGAAGCACGUAUUCUCCAGUUUGACUCCAAAUGCACGCAAGAUAUUCCUCCUCAUCGCAAGACAUCAGCUUGACAACACAGAGUCGCCAUCGUAUGCGGGAAUGUCUUUCCAUGACUGUUACCACCGCUGCCGGGAGGCUUUCCUUGUUAACAGCGACCUCACACUUCGAGCCCAACUGAGGGAGUUCCUUGACCACAUGUUGCUGAAAAUGAAGAAGGGUCAUGACGGCACCGAGAACUUGCUGAUUCCAAUCGAGGCCGCAGCGCUGGCACUCUUUCUUGACCAACAAGAAGAAGAGGCCACCUCCUAAGUGGAGCACACUUUUCUGGGUUGCUUAUGUAAAUCUUGCAAGUUGUACAUAGUGAUUUGUAAGAUAAAUAUUAGAUCAUACUGCAAUUUAUUAUAUCUGCAUUUAAAGCCAAUAAAUUGUAUCAAUAAAUUAUUUUGUUGCUUUCUUCAA